CGCAACCACUGUAAGAAAAGUGAAUUUAUCCAUGUGAGGACUCGUUCAGCACAUGCUCACAGUCUCCAUCCCUUUAUGGCUUGACAACGAAAAAAAGUUUUCAUGUCAGUCGGUUAAAAUUCAUUGUUGCCUGUCCAGCCAAUCAUAGUUUUUGACGACACAAAAGAGGCUAAAGUUGGAGUAUAAAAAGGUGUGCGCUAAUAAAGUAUGAUGCCUAUCAGUGUGGGACAUUAAUCCAAACCCAGUCCAGUCGCGCGUCAGGUCCAGCACAAACCAAGGGAUCUUUUUUUCAAACCAAACUUCACACCUGAGAGACAAUGCAUCUGUCUCAGAUUGUGCUGUAUCUUAGCUUGCUGAUUGUUUUGGGUCCAGUAGUUUUGAGUGACCAAGAGACGCACCAGCAACCCUCCGCCACCAGCCCAGAAGACACGGACCAGUGCGCUACCUGCGAGGUUCGGCAGCAAAUUAAAACCAUGCGAUUAAACGCCAUAAAAUCCCAGAUUUUGAGCAAGCUGCGAAUGAAAGAAGCUCCUAAUAUCAGCCGAGACAUAGUGAAGCAGCUCCUGCCCAAAGCGCCACCGCUGCAGCAGCUUCUCGACCAGUACGACGUGCUGGGAGAUGACAACAGGGAUGUGGUUAUGGAGGAGGACGAUGAGCAUGCCAUCACGGAGACAAUAAUGAUGAUGGCUACUGAACCCGAGUCCGUCGUCCAAGUGGAUGAGGAACCAAAGUGCUGCUUUUUCUCUUUUACUCAAAAGUUUCAAGCCAAUCGAAUAGUCCGGGCGCAGCUCUGGGUGUAUCUGCGCUCGUCGAACGAAGCGACCACUGUGUUCCUGCAAAUCUCCCGCCUGAUGCCGGUCACAGACGGGAGCAGGCACAUACGCAUCCGCUCCCUGAAGAUCGACGUGAAUGCCGGGGUCAGCUCUUGGCAAAGUAUAGACGUCAAACAAGUGUUGAGUGUGUGGCUGCGGCAGCCGGAGACCAACUGGGGCAUCGAGAUUAACGCCUUCGAUUCGAGGGGAAAUGACUUGGCCGUGACCUCUGCGGAGCCUGGAGAGGAAGGACUGCAACCGUUCAUGGAGGUGAAGGUCUCAGAAGGACCCAGGCGUGCCAGGAGAGACUCGGGCCUGGACUGUGACGAGAACUCUCCAGAGUCCGGUUGCUGCCGCUAUCCGCUCACAGUGGACUUUGAAGACUUUGGCUGGGACUGGAUUAUUGCCCCAAAGCGCUACAAGGCCAACUAUUGCUCCGGGGAGUGUGAGUACAUGCACUUGCAGAAGUACCCGCACACCCACCUGGUAAACAAGGCCAACCCCAGAGGGACCGCAGGCCCCUGCUGUACCCCCACCAAGAUGUCGCCCAUCAACAUGCUCUACUUUAACCGAAAAGAGCAGAUCAUCUAUGGCAAGAUCCCCUCCAUGGUGGUGGACCGUUGUGGAUGCUCUUGAGUUGGGACGGAGACCCAGGCGAGAGAGGGAGGGGAGGACGGAGGGGCUGUGUCUCAGUCCGGCCUCCGAUUUCAGACUUUUUGACACAACCAAUCCACCAGUUCCAGUGCUUUUCCUGCAGCAACACAGUGCAAUAGAACCAGAGUAGAGGCCACAAACAGCCCGACCUUCCCGCAGGGCAGCGCCUUCACAACCGGCAUAACUCUUACUUUUCUUACUUUCCUCCUAGCCAUAGAGGCUUGAAGUCAGAUGGAUCACACACACACACACACACACAUACACACACACACACACA